GAUCGUGAUCAAUUUUUUGUUUUGAGGUUAUGUGCAAGAAUGUUUCCGUCAAACUCUUUCGUGAAAUGAACGUCAUGAGUUCUAGCCUACGAUGCUAUAUUGCGGGAAUUGUGUUUACCUGAUGAAUAUCGAAGAUGAACACAAAAGAAAAGGAGAAGUAUAUCGAGGACUUCGAUUUUCCUCAUUGCGACGAAUCCUCGAAAUAUGAGAAGGUUGCAAAAAUUGGUCAGGGCACCUUCGGGGAGGUGUUCAAGGCUAGAGAUAAAAACUGUACAAAAAAAUUUGUAGCUAUGAAAAAAGUAUUAAUGGAUAAUGAAAAGGAAGGGUUUCCUAUAACUGCUUUAAGAGAAAUAAGGAUAUUGCAGUUACUAAAGCACGAAAAUGUAGUAAAUUUAAUAGAAAUAUGUAGAACACGAGCAACUCAAUACAAUCGUUAUCGUUCUACAUUCUAUCUUGUAUUUGAUUUUUGUGAGCAUGAUUUGGCAGGUUUACUAUCAAAUGUAAACGUUAAAUUUAGCUUAGGAGAAAUUAAAAAAGUUAUGCAACAGUUGUUAAAUGGACUUUAUUAUAUUCAUAGUAAUAAGAUUUUGCAUAGAGAUAUGAAGGCUGCAAAUGUUUUAAUAACAAAAAAUGGUAUACUAAAAUUAGCUGACUUUGGGUUGGCUCGCGCAUUUAGUGCAAAUAAAAAUGGUCAACCAAAUCGUUAUACGAAUAGAGUUGUUACUCUCUGGUAUCGCCCACCAGAACUUUUGCUUGGUGAUAGAAACUAUGGUCCUCCCGUGGAUUUGUGGGGUGCAGGAUGCAUAAUGGCUGAAAUGUGGACUAGGUCGCCAAUAAUGCAAGGAAAUACAGAACAGCAGCAACUCAUAUUAAUUUCUCAGUUAUGUGGUUCUAUAACGACAGAGGUGUGGCCUGGAGUGGAGAAUUUAGAGCUAUUUAAUAAAAUGGAUUUACCUAAAGGUCAAAAACGAAAGGUCAAAGACAGAUUAAAGCCGUAUUUAAAGGAUCCUUAUGCGUGCGACUUGUUAGAUAAACUAUUAAUUCUUGAUCCGUCUAAAAGAUAUGAUUCGGAUUCUGCAUUGAAUCAUGAUUUUUUCUGGACCGAUCCGAUGCCUUGCGAUCUUAGUAAAAUGUUGGCACAACAUACGCAGAGUAUGUUCGAGUACUUAGCUCCACCAAGACGUCCUGGCCAUAUACGUCAGCCACAUCAUCAAGUACCUGGGGGACCAGCAAAACCUAGCUCUAGUAUGACUGACAGUGGUUACCAAGAUCGUGUAUUCUAGCAUGUUCCGUUUAGAUGAAUGUAUCUUCUGUUCUUUAUUUCUUAGAAUUGUGAAUAAUGUAAUGUUUAACAACAACGGCAACAGUAACGUUAUUACUUUAAGUUAACAUUAAAUGUCUGACUUAUGAAAAUAAGAUGUACGAUUUUUUUAUGGAUAUAUGUAUAUAUAUACGUGUAUAUAUAUAUACAUACAUAUAUAUAUAUAUAUAAAUUUUAUACAAACGGAAGUAGUCUCCUAAUUUAUACCUUACUUCCCCAGAAAUGUCGGUUCCUUAAUUGUUUUAUGUCAAAACAAGAUUUAUUUUAAUAAACAAAUUUCAAUUGUACAAUUGUCUCAAGGUCGAUAGUGUUAAUAAUUAUAAAAGAAAUCUUAAACACGUGCGAGCCUAAAUUUACUAAGCUUAAAGUAAACAAUUUUGAGUAGUACUCAUGCAACGAAAGACAAUUAGCGAGUUCAAUAGUAUUCAGCGAUUGUUCACAUAAUUUCGCGUUCGCGUUAUCGUGGUCAUGAAAAAGCAGCGUUGCGCGUAGCACCGAGAAGAAGAUAUUUAAUAUGUACACGAUCGUAUGCCCGUAAUACUUUGUUAUUCUUAUCCUUAAAACUAUAUCGUUAUUAUGCUAAAAUACACUAUCGUAUUAUCAAUCUGUGAGGUGAUUAAAAUAAAUGACGUGACAGUGGUAUUCAUCACCGGAUAUAAAAAUACAAAUAAAAUUCUGUUAACAGUAACUGGCUUUCUCGUGAAA